CUGACCUCGCGGCUGAAGUCCGCGGCUCCGCCCAAAUAGGGAGCAGGGGCGGGGCGAUCGCCUCUUUCCCACGGGGCGACCAGGAAGGAGAAAGGGCAGGACGGAGGUGAGCCGGCCGCGGAGGAGCUGGCAAGUGCUGCAGCAGCCCGCGCCAUGUCGGCCUACAACCCGGGCACGGAGCUCGACCUCAGCUGGAUCUCCAAAAUACAGGUGAAUCAGCCGGCAGUUCUGAGGCGUGCUGAACAAAUCCAGGCCCGCAGAACCGUGAAAAAGGAGUGGCAGGCUGCUUGGCUCCUGAAAGCUGUUACCUUUAUAGAUCUUACUACACUUUCAGGUGAUGACACACCCUCCAAUGUUCAAAGGCUCUGUUACAAAGCCAAGUAUCCAAUCCGAGAAGACCUCUUAAAAGCUUUAAACAUGCACGAUAAAGACAUCACUACAGCUGCCGUUUGUGUCUACCCGGCCCGCGUGUGUGAUGCAGUGAAAGCACUGAAGGCUGCGGGCUGUACGAUCCCAGUGGCAUCAGUGGCUACUGGCUUUCCAGCGGCACAGACUCAUUUGAAAACACGAUUACAAGAGAUCAUAUUGGCUGUGGAAGACGGAGCUAUGGAAAUCGAUGUGGUAAUUAAUAGGACCUUGGUGCUGACAGGCCAAUGGGAAGCCCUGUAUGAUGAGAUUCGUCAGUUUCGCAAGGCCUGUGGGAAGGCUCAUCUCAAAACCAUCUUAGCAACAGGAGAACUUGGAUCUCUCACUAAUGUCUAUAAAGCCAGUAUGAUAGCAAUGAUGGCAGGAUCAGAUUUUAUUAAGACAUCUACUGGAAAAGAAACAGUAAAUGCCACCUUCCCUGUAGCAAUAGUAAUGCUACGGGCCAUCAGAGAUUUCUUCUGGAAAACUGGAAACAAGGUAGGCUUUAAGCCAGCAGGAGGCAUCCGCAGUGCAAAGGAUUCCCUUGCUUGGCUCUCUCUCAUGAAGGAGGAGCUGGGAGAGGAAUGGCUGAAGCCAGAGCUCUUUCGAAUCGGUGCCAGCACUCUGCUUUCGGACAUCGAGAGGCAGAUUUACCAUCAUGUGACUGGAAGAUAUGCUGCUUAUCAUGACCUUCCAAUGUCUUAAAUCAGCAGUGAACUCCAGGGAAGUUUUCUACAGCAUUGGAAAAUGAUUUUUCUACACAAUUGCUACAAUUAUUUAAUUAAAAAAUGGAGGAAUAGGUAGCUGACUUUUUUCCCCUUAAAAUUUCCACUGAAUUUAAUUUCUAGAAUGAAAGAAAAAAAAAACCCAACCAAUCCACACAUGGCACUCAUUUCAGGCACAUCUAAAAUGGUCUUAAUUGCUGUAAGACCUGUUAAUUUUGUGAAGGUUUUCUCUGAAAAACCCUGAGUAUAAUGUUAAUGAUAGCUUUGACAACAUUGAAUUCUGAGGAAUAAAAAACAUUAAACUGCCCAAGAAACGUGCUCUAGCAAAAGAAAACACAGCAUCCCUGACCUGCUGCUGUAUUCUAACGACUUCAGGAAUCACUGACUCAGCACUAAUUUCCUGCCUCAAAAAUCCAUCUUUAAUUUUUGCAACAGAUAUGCUCUUUUAUUAAUUGUUUUACUAAUGAAACUUCUGUCAUUGUUAUAUAAAACUCUGGAUAUCACUGAAUUUUUUAAUUAAAAUAAAUCCCUGUAGUUGUUUAUUUUUUUAUAAACUUUAAAUUAUAGCAAUACAUAUUGAAAAAUUAAUCCAUUCAACUUGUAAAGAGGUUUUAUCAAUGAUUUUCUGAAUCUUUCUAGGAGAGUCCUUGGGUAUUCAUCUCAGGUAAAGUACCUCAGUACAUUAUUAAUGAAUACAACUUAUGUAUGUAUUCUGAAACUUUUAAGAUUUUCUGGUAUAGUGAAUAGGAGAAAAACAGCAGACCCUAACACCGCACUUAACAAGUGCUAAACUCCUUACAGAUAUCAAUUUAAUCCUUGUUUAAUCCCUAUAACAGUAAGGUAAAUACAAUAAGAUUUUUAAUCCUUACAACAGGAAGUACUGACAUUAACAUCCUUUUAAAUCCAGAUGAGGGCCUAAGGCACAGAGAGCUUAAGCAACUUGCCAAAGGUCACAAAGCUGUAAACCAGCAGAGUCAAGAGUCAAGCCCAGUCUGUGAGUCUGUGCAGACACCCAUGUGUAUCACUGUUCCCCAGCACACACAGGCACAGAAUCGGAGCUCACUGUCAGCUGUGCGGCACAAUAAUCUGCGUCACAGUCUACUGGUUCCUUUGCGCUCUGUCUCUCCCAGCUUCUCACCUUCACUCUUUUUGCUUGCUAGCAUCUCUACUACAUCAUAGAACCUAAGUUUUCUGGACCUCAGUUUCUUCAUUUGUAACAUAAAGGGGUAGAGGUAGGUGAUGUCAAGGUGCUUUCAGACCUAAAAGGAUAUACCAUGAGGAUAGUUAUAAUAAAUCCAAGAAAAUGUUUUAUGGCUAUAAACAGAAAAAAAUUUAUUGUAGCAAUCUAAAUUACAAUUUGCCUCUCAGGAGUCAAUUAGGCAAAUCCCUCCAAGCACCUCUCUGACUAAAUGAAACAACUAAAAUAGAACGGGGAAAAAAAACCUUGCUUUCUCCCAACACCUUAGCAGAAAGCUGACUCUUGACUUCUGAUGUGGUCAGUGUCUCUGAAUGCCAUGUCCACUUUCAUAACAUGCUGGCCCAGUUGCCCACCAGCACAAUGGCCAGUCACCUUUGGAGAAGAAACUUUGCAGAAAAAUAAUUACAUUCUAUCACCUUUGAAGCUAUUCCAAUUUCACAGGGGUUUCUGUUUUCCUCCCAUUAAACCCAGCUGGUCAUUUUAGUUGAUCAGGCAUCAUUAUCUUCAAUUCUAAUUUAUAUGAGGCAUCCACUGAAAUUGACCUCUGCGGACAAUUAUAGAUUCACAUAGGAAAUUAAGACUGGUGAGUCCCUAAAACCUAUUAGAGGCUGAUGAGCAUGGCCUGAUCCAAAGGUAAGUAAUGUUAGAUUUUGGGGGACAAUUUAUUCCAAGGACUAUUAGCCUCUUCAUCAGGAAUGUCUCCACCUUGCCUGGCUCUUGAAAUCAAAUGUAAAAUAGAUGAUUGAAUAGGAAAACUCUAGUAAAUGUUGAUUCCUAUGAAAACAUACGAGGAAGAGGUUAUUUCUGAGAUGACUGAUUUAGUACAAACAGAUUUGUGUACUUGAGAACACUGGGAGCAGACGCUUUAUACAAGCAGAAAAUGAGUUUUUGCUGUUUUCUGUGUUUAAAGCUUCUAAUAAAAGCAGUCCCCCUUCCCCCAUUUGUCACAAUUGUUCAAUAAAGCAUUUAAGGUUUUAACGUUAUUUUUAAACAACCAAUCAUAUAAUAUAGGGGCUUAAAAUGAGUUAAGGGACUAUCUAGUUCCAUCCACCAUUUUUACCUGAGAAAAGAAACUCAAAGUGGGAAGUAUGCAAGGUCACAUACAAAGUCAAAGUUGAGCCCAGAAGCUAGAUCACAUCAUGCCAUGAAAUAUUAUAUAAGACACUGACAAUUCCUUACUUAUUUAUACAUCCUACCAUACUGAAAUUAUGUUCCUCAGCAUGUAAACUUCAGACUCACUUUUGCCUCUAGGAGUCUUCUGACUGGUGUUUCUGAGAAGACCAACCUUCUAAACCUAGUCCAAGUGAUAGUGUGGUUAAUUUCAUCUGUUAGACUUUCAGAAUUUUUGGUGAUCUCAAGAACACUUUCUUUUUAUGAAAGUUUAAUGUUUGUUUGUUUUUUGUUUUUUAAGGGGGAGCUAGUUUGGAUCCUCGUCUACAAAUGGAGAGAGAAUGAUAGUUUAAUCACAAAACAAUUUCCUAAUGACAGUCUCUUUGCCUCAUUCUGGAUUAUUUCAACACGAACACGAAAGUUAGGUAAAUUAGUUUGCAUGUAAUACAGCAUAUGAGGAGACCUGUGCAAAGCAGGGACUGUUACAGAUAUCUACCUGGAAGUGCAUCCUUGCGAGAACAUGAUAUGGCAUCUGUCCUGACUGAGCAGAACAGUUUGCUAUGUUAUACAUACUCAUAUAUGUCUUAAGUCAAAUCUAGAAAAACCAAAUCAGUCUUUGGAAAAAUCAAUUUGCACUUCUAGUACAGAGGGAGACCAAUAUUAAUGUUUCUUCCAUCAACUUGAUCAUUUUUGCUGACACAACAUGAAUAGGGCCAGAAUGUAGAAAUAGAAAGAAGAAGAAGGGAUUGGAAUAGAUUGUACUUUCAAAGGAAAUGAAAGGUUAUGUCCAUUUUGGCACUAGACAAGAGGUAUGAGGUGAAUUCAAUUUCUACGGUUGUUUUCCUGAUCAUGCUCAAGAGUCUUGCCUCCCAAAGGAAAAUAUAUAUUUUGUAAUCACCACCAAAUGAUCCUUUCCAGAAAUGACCACAGGUAACAUCUGGCUGAUCUAUAAAAUAUGUAGUAAAAAUAAUCAUUUUUAAUUAACUAAAACCUGCUCAGGAGAGAGAGUCAGAGGAAUAUCCAUCUGGUCAAUUCUUAUUUAAUAGGGCAAAUGAGGAUCAGAAUGUGGAAUGCAAUAUAUGUGAAAUACUUAGUGACCUUACAAUGAACUAAACUUUUUUUUAGGAAGAAUGGGUGAGGAGGAGGAAUCAAUAGCUAGAAAGGACAGACAACACUUGAUGUUUUAUUUCUAGAAGUACAACUUUACUGUAAAACACAGGUAGAAUAUAAGAAGCCCAGGUCUUGUGGAUUAGUUUCUAUGGUCCAAUGAAGGAAAUGUGUUUUAAUUCAUUUGAACAGUAGAACGAGGUUAUACUUUAUUCUGGAGCUUGACAAGGAUGAUGGAGAGUUUUAAAAACUCAUUAUAAAUAAAGGUAAAAGGAAUGGGGCCCGAGGAGACGAUUGAAGGGUACUUGAUGUCUCACGGUCCCAGGAAGUUACUUCUGUAUUGUCUCUUAACAACCAAGAGUCCUGUAUUUCCUCUGUAGAAGAAGAAAUGAGUUGAUGCUACAUGUGAAGUUGGAUUAGUUCUGGGGAAGAACUCUAAUGCUCUGAAAUGUGUUAUAAGGUACAUUUGCUAUUCCCUUCUCAGAAGUAGAUACUCUUUUGUUUGGAGUGGUUAGCUGUGCUGCCUAAGAAAGUACGUGUAGUUCCCUAACUACUUUCCCAAACUAGUAUACAUCAGAAACAUUGGGAGAGUUUAUAUCGCCAGAGUUUCCAUUUCAGUAAAUCUGCUAUGGGGCCCCAGAAUCUGCAUUUCCAAGAUGUUCCCAGGUGACAACACUGACCCAGGAACCACGCUUUGAAACCACUGGGUUAGAAAGCCUUGUACUCAACACGUAAAUGCCAAUGUACAUGCAUCUUUCCAUAGUAAAACCCACCAGCUGCUGCACUUGUGUAUCAUGAAAAGCCAGGUUAAAUGUGUAUAUUGUGUUGGAUUUCAUAGCCAAGAACAAGAGAAGGAACAAUGCAAAGGACAUCUCUUAAUCCUUUCACAGUAGGCAGUGAACUUGAUUACCUUUGGGGCUUAAAAGCAAGCUUUGGAGCCUAGAAUAAACAUUUUAGAUGAGUUUAGAAUCAUCCACAAAAUCUUCCAAAGGAUUUCAGCAAGUCAAGAUAGCAAGAUUUAGGGGUAUUUGAUCUUUACCUAUUUGGAAUGCAUUAAAUUUUGGUGAUUCCAGUAUAAUUGUACUUAAAACCAAGACCUAUUUAAACAGAGCCCAUUCUUGAACUUAUAAUUGAAAUAGAUACAAUGUUCUAGGGAAGGUCCAUUCACAGAUACUUGGCUUCUUAAUUUGAAGCUACUGUGCAAAGUGAUCUCCAGGCUGGGGGGUGAUGAAAACAGUAGGUCUUCAGUCUUCUUAACACAAAAGGAUGUUUUAAAUUUGUUUUUUGCUUUUUUUAGUGUGUGUUCUGCCAGACAAUACAUAAUCAGGCAUGCUUCUUAGUAACAGAACGCCCCUCUACAUAGUUUUAAGCAGAAAAUGAAUUUAUUUUUAAAGCAUAUUGAGUAUCUUACAGAAUAGGAAAACCAGAUUGUUGAGCACAGAGGCAGCCAGUGAAGAAGAAUGCCCAAACCACUCUUUAGAACUGCUCCAGUGAAGACUCAAUGCUACCACCUCUGGGUGCUUGAUACCCAAACCUCUGCUUUUGCCACCCCUGUAAGCUGGAGUCCUCAUUUCUCAACAGUGGCCAAAGAUGGAAUCCUCCAUUGCUGUCUUGGGUAACAAAUUCCUAUGUGGUUGUGUCUGAUUGUUGGAGCCUCAGUCACAUGCCUGUAUUCUAGCUGUAAAGGAAGCUGGGAAAGCACGUUUUGCCUUCUUGAGGGAAGUGGGACAUAGUGUUCAAAAGAUGUUGUUUGGUCACUAAUUAUGAUAGUUGUUAACUACUGUAUAACAAGGAGACACAGUUCAUAACUUAGUGGUAGAAAAGAACUUUUUGCCCCUCAGCUGCAUUUCCACUUCCAGUCAGACUCUAAAGCUGUGCUCUAGAGUCACCUCUUGUCUCUUCAUCCCAUACAGUAGGUCUAGAGAAGCUCUAUGAAGUCCUUUUUACACUCACUCUCACCAGCAAUAUGUAGCAGUGCACUUUCCCCAAAAUAGUUAAACUUCUAUAUCUCUAGACAGCUAUCUAUUGACUUCCAAACAUGAGUAAUGAUAAAUUUAGUUUCAUUGUUUUUACUUCCUCCCCUUCAUCUUUCACCCAAACUCACCUGAUUCUUUAUGAUUAUAUAAUUUUUCAUAUAUUUUUUAGACUGAAAUUAUUUAUAGCUUUGUUACAUUGAUGUAUCAGCUUCAAUAAUCUUUCUAUCCUCUGCUGUACCAGAUGAGAAAUCAGCAUAUUGACAUUACUAUCCACCAUCUGUCUUCUUCCCCUCCAAACCUUUGCUAUAUUACUUCUACAUCAUUAGAGUUUAUAACAUGUAAAUUCUGUUCUGUGACCAUAAUCUCCAAAAUCAUUUUAGUUUUAGUCCUACAGUUAAAUGAAGUCAAUAUUUAGGACCAGUACUCCAUUUAUCUCUUUGCUUUUCAAAAUUUGGCCUAUAGUAGUUUCUUCAGGAAGGGCUUGGGGUAUACUCCUUAGUUUUUCCAAGCUCAAAAAAUGUUAAUUUUCAUUACAUGUUAAUGACUAUUUAGCUGUGUACAAUUCUUGGACCACACAGUUUAUUUCCUGACAACUUUGUACCAUUGCUCCAAUGUCUUCUAGCAUUGAACAUUUCAGUGGGAACUAACAUUCUGACUUAAACUUUGCCUUGAUGCACAACAGUUUGGUUUUUUUUCUUUCAGUUACAGUAACUUUGCUAAAAGGUUAAAUGUUUUGUGUCGAUUUUUCCUGGAAUUCAGUGUUCCCCCUCAGUCCAUAGAGUCAUGACUUAUGUUUAGGGAGAGUUACUUUGAAGUAUAUCUUUAACAUUUUCCUAUUUUAUUAUUAUUUUUUUACCUCUUCAGGAUACUAGUUAUUGCAUAUGUUAAGGUUUGUUUUUUGUUUUGUUCUAUUUUUUUAUCUGUCCUGUUUAGCUAUUAUUUUUUCUAAUUAUUUUCUACUUUAUUAAAUUGCACUCUUUUUCUAUUCCUAACAUCCUUGUUUCUUUCCAUGUUUUUAGCAGGAUAUGUGAAAUAUUUGUUUCCUGGAUUCUGUCACAUUAUAUUUCAUUCCCUAAAAUCUUGCAGUAUCAUCCCCAAGCUCUUGUAUAUUUGAUAUGAGCUCUUGCUUUAUAAAUAUGGUAGCUUUGUUUAGGUCUUUUGUUUUUUUAAGUUUAGGGCAAUAUGUUUGACCCACAUUUUUAUCUACUCUAAGGAAACAUUUUUUUCUAGUGAGUAUUCUUUGUCUUCCAUUUUAUUCCUGUUUAUUUUUUUCUCUUAUUUUCUUAUAGUAGCUUUGCUGAUAUGAGUUUUUUCUGGAUCAGCAACUGGCAGGAGCUUUAUGGAGGAGAGAUGCCAUGUCCAUGUUCUAGGCCACAGGAAUUCUUACUGUUCACAGACACACAGCUCCUUACGACACAAGAUUGUGUGUUUGAAUUAUUUUGGCUGUAACUCUCCCUAGCCACCAGAGAUCAAUGGCUUUACACAUUGCACUUCUGUUCUCUGGCCUUUCCUCAACAACAGGCUGCUUCCUGCAACUCUGGGGUUGCUGUGUAAUUUUCCUUUUAGCCCUCACCCCUCUGCUCCUCUUUGAUGCCAAACUAGGUCCCGGGAAAUUCCUGUUGCCAGUUCAUGCACCUAUCCCUACUGAUCCAUAGAAGUUAUGGGUCUGCCUUCUUAGGAUAUGCCACCUACUUUGAUUUGCUGCCUUUGAGACCAAGGUUUUGGAAUUUGUAUAAAUGUUACAUUUUAAUAGAAAGCUGUUCAUUGUGUUUGGAAUGGAUAUAAAUUCCAAUUCACUUUGAAAUCAGUAUUAGAAACAACAGCAACUCUAUAGCCGAAUGUGGUAAGAAAUGGAGGUUGAAGCUGUAGCCCCUAAGGCAUUUGGCAUUAUUCUGUAUCUCACCCUCAGAUAAAACAUCGUUCCCAUUGGAAUAUGGAGGGGAAUAAUAAAUAAAACUGAGUUUGGAAAGUGUCUGGCAUGGAAAAGCUGUUUAAAAAGUUCCAGUUAUUCUCUCUACUACCAUGAUGACACUACAAAAAAAAAAAAAGUGGGAAAUUCACCCAUGUAAAAAUAUACUAUUUUGAUAAUGCAAAUCUAAUCUUUUUAUGAGUAUAAAUGUACUUCUUCUGUUACAGUUCCUCCUCCUGGGCAUCCUUGAAGCCCAUCCAUCACUAAGCAACAUCAGAAAAGAAGAUUCCAAAUCGGAAGCCGUUGCUCACUCUUCUGACUUACUGUAAUCCAUCGUUCUUCAGUCUUAUAAUAAAAUUACUGCCUUUUGUCUUUU